CUCCCCUUAGUUCCCCGGGACCCAGGCCCGGGAGCCCAGGCCUGUGACCCUGGGUCUUCUUCAUUCGCCAUAACAAUUAUGCCUAAACAACAAUUUUUGUUAUUAAAAAGUGUGCUCAAAAAAGAGCUUCACUCCCUGGUCAAAGUUACAUUUGCCUCUCAGUUUUUUUCCGUGCCAGACGUCCUGAAGAUUUAAUCCUUCAUUCAACUACAAUGGAUCCCUCGCGUCAGCCAGCUAGUCGCCCUAUCAGGUCCACACCUCCCCAUCCUCGUCCGUCUCCCUACCCAAGGCCAAUGGCCGCUGAUGUCAUGGAAAGCUAUCGCCGCUUCCAGCUACUUCAUAUCACCCAUGAGCUCGUUACGUGUCUGGAACAGCUCUGUUCUCCUGACCUCCCCGAGCAUCCUCAUCUGCUGUUCCAUAUUGUGAGAGGGCCUCUUACUAGCACGUCCUCGACUCAAACCCCUCUGCCUAACCUCGUGGAUCAGAGAACCCAAACUGAUGGCUGUCCUCAUGUUGAGCUUUGCAACCCUGAGCUCGGGACUCCCGCUUCUCCUCCUCCUCCAGUGCCUCAUGCCUAUAUCCGUCCUCUCAGUCCUGCCUUGGCAUCUCCUCCCUCUGAUUCCGGCCCUGGAACCCCAGAUUACAUUCCUUCUUCUCCCUCUGAUUAUGGCCCUGGAUCCCCAGACUAUUCCCCUACUUCGACCUCCGAUUACUGA